ACAUACGCUGGAGGGUGGUAGCGGUGGCCGCUGGCCGUCGCGCACAGUUCUGCCGGGCUGAGGUAACGCGCGGACGUCAAACAUAAAACAUGAGGAUUUGUGCACAGUUCGCGUUUUUCGCUUGCAUCGCGUAUGUGAACGCGGGCAUAUUAUUACAAAAUGCACCUGCUUGUCCAGAGCAAUAUGGCGUACAGGCGUACGCACACCCCGAAUUGUGUGACCAGUUCUUCCUGUGCACAAACGGUACAUUGACGGUGGAGACCUGUGAAAAUGGCCUGUUGUUCGACGGCAAGGGCGCUGUGCACAACCACUGCAACUACCACUGGGCUGUCGACUGUGGGGAGAGAAAAGCUGACUUGACGCCUUACUCGACGCCCGGUUGCGAAUACCAGUUCGGCAUCUACCCAGACAGCGCGGAGUGUUCCACCAGCUACGUGAAGUGCGCCUUCGGGAUCCCCAACCAGGAGCCGUGCACCCCCGGCCUGGUGUACGACGAGAGGAUCCACGGCUGCAACUGGCCAGAUCUGCUGCAACCUUUCUGUAACCCUGAAGCGGUUGUCGGUUUCAAAUGCCCAACAAAAGUGCCUGCAAACACGCAGUCAGCGAAAUUCUGGCCGUUCCCCCGCUUCCCCGUCCCCGGCGACUGCCACCGACUGAUCACCUGUGUCGAAGGCAACCCUCGUCUCAUCACCUGCGAGGAAGGCAAGGUCUUUGACGACCAGAACCUCACUUGCGAAGACCCUGAGCUCGUGCCACACUGUGGUCACGCGUAAAUGUUCACCUUUAUACAAAACGAAAACGAAUCAUAGUUUUGGAAUGAGUGUGGAACUUUAUUUCAAAUUAAUAGGUUAAGAUUCAUGUUAUCCUGUUAUGCUUCUUACAUAGCAGAAUAACUACUAU